AAUGAUGGCCCAAAGUGGGAUUGUUUUGAAGCAAAAGGCUGUGGAAGCGAUUGAUCUCGAGGCCAGGAUUACGCAGCUCUGUGAGGAAAGUCCUAAAGGAGUAACAAAUGCCGCUAUUGUAGCUGACCAACCGUCUGUUGAUGCUGCACGACGAGUGACCGCCAUCAACCGUCUUUUGUCGGCGGGUACAAUUGAAUUGGCCAAGCAAGGAUCAGAUAUUAUCUAUCGGUUGAAGGGCACAGCGUCUACAGCAGGUGCUAAGACCAAAGGUUUUGAGACUGAAGAGAAAGUCGUGUACCAGGUGAUCGAACAAGCUGGAAAUAAAGGCAUAUGGAUUCGUGACAUCAGAUAUCGCUGCAACCUGGGAAUGACUCAACUCAACAAAAUUCUAAAAACUCUAGAAAGCAAGAAGCUCAUUAAAGCCGUCAAAUCAGUUGCAGCGUCUAAGAAAAAAGUGUAUAUGUUGUUCAACGUUGAACCAGAUCAGUCGGUGACAGGUGGUGCAUGGUAUAGCGACCAGGACUUUGAGUCUGAGUUUGUUGAAGUCUUAAAUGAUCAGUGUUACAAGUACUUGCAGCAGAAGCAAUCGCAGGUGUCGAAGUCGUUGGGGCCGUUGGCUGCGAAGAAUGCGACGUACGCGUCUUCGAAAGACGUGUGGCAAUAUAUUAAUCAAUUGGGAAUUAGUAAAGUCAAACUUUCUCAAGAAGAUAUUGAAAUGGUAUUGGAUACAGUCGUAUUCGAUGGCAGAGCUGAGAUGCUAAUGAGUGCAGACAGUCAGUGUGAGUCGACCUCAUCGGCUUGCAUCAGACUCUACAGAGCCAUCAGUCCCCUCAUACCCCCCACAGGGCUGAUGCGAACACCUUGUGGUGUUUGUUCUGUCAGACACGAAUGCACAGAAAAUGGAUUGAUAUCACCGAGAACGUGUAUUUAUAUGAACGAAUGGUUGAAAUUUUAGUUAUUUUAAUGAUGAUGGUAAAAAUUGGAGUUUAUUGAAAUAUUGUGUUUUUGGUGAC